GCCCUCGCGCACUACCACCUUGACCACCCUCACCCACCUCUUGUACGCGUAGCGCAUCCGUUGCUCGCGACUUUCACACCGAACCAACUCCAACUACCCGAGAUACUCUGAGAUAGCAAUGGCCCCCAAGCCCGCAUCCACCGCCGGAAAGGCCCCCGCGUCCACUGCCUCCAAGGCCCCCGCGAAGACCACCAGCGAGGGUGGCGCGAAGGCCGCGAAGAAGACCGCGAAGGCGUCGGGCGGCGCCGCUGACGGCGAGAAGAAGAAGCGCAGGAAGGGCCGCAAGGAGACCUACUCCUCUUACAUCUACAAGGUCCUCAAGCAGGUACACCCUGACACUGGUAUCUCCAACAAGGCGAUGGCCAUCCUCAACUCGUUCGUCAACGACAUCUUCGAGCGCAUUGCGACUGAGGCGUCGAAGCUUGCGUCGUACUCAAAGAAGUCGACGAUCUCGUCGCGUGAGAUCCAGACCUCCGUACGGUUGAUCCUGCCCGGUGAGCUCGCGAAGCACGCCAUCUCCGAGGGCACGAAGUCGGUCACCAAGUUCUCGAGCGCGGGAGCGAAGUAGGCGCCUCCAUAUACCAGCUGGCGUAGCCGCGCGCUGUCCAUCGACGGCCGUGGUUGUACACCAUCCACUCUGCGUGGUUGGUUGUGGGAGGGGCGGACAUUGUUGUAUCUCUGUCUGUGUGCGUGCGGCGGUACGCGUAUCCGGUCUGCACUUGUAUUGUACGAUUCCUAGUCUUAUCUUUCCUCUUCUCUCAUGUCUUUGUCCGCGGUAUCAAUCGAAUGGAUUUACCCUGUCUUGUCG